ACUAUGUAUAAGAAGACACGGUUGCACAUGCAGUGACAAAUCUGCAAUACUUAAAGCUUCGAUCCAUCGCUUGAGUUAAAUGAGUGACAUUUCAUUUACGUGCAUUUCAUUAUUACGUCAAAGCCCGAUCAGCAAAAGGGGAAGGUGUCGAGACAGAAAAAGAAGGUUGAACAGCUAAACCCUGACCUCAUCUGCUUGCUUGUUGGAUUUAUUUACUGCACUAUUGAACCGCUGCCUAUACGAACAUAACAUAAAAAAAACAAACAAAAAAACAGUAGUUGCUUAACUCUGGAAAUAAGCUGAAGAGUAAAGCUGGCAGAUUUUGUGGGCCUAAUUGGCAAGAACUGACUGUUCUCCACAGGCUGGGCUGACUGAACUGCUUGAUGUCGAGCGAUCCUCCUCCUCCGUAUCCUGGGGGUCCCAAUGCCCCCCUGAUGGAAGAGAAGAAUGGGCAGCCGCCCGUCUCAGGUCCAGUUCCUCUGAUGACACACACUCAAGGGCACCCAGUCCACCCAGAGUAUGGCCCGCCUCCCUACGAGCCUCCGACACAGCCUGGGUUUAUAACCCCCCAUGUACCAGGAGAGGGGGGCAUGGCGUACCCACCCUACGCUGGGUACUACCCUCCCGGCAACUUCCCACAGCCUAUCCCUGGGCAGUACGCUCCCGGCCCCGGGCACUACCCUUCUCCGGGGGGGCACACAGCCACGGUGAUCGUGCCGCCGAGCGCUGCCACCACGGUGACAGUCCUGCAGGGGGAGAUGUUCCAGGCAGCGCCGGUCCAGACGGUGUGCCCCCACUGCCAGCAAGCCAUCACCACUAAGAUCACACACGACAUCGGCCUCAUGAACACACUCUUCUGUCUCUUCUGCUGCUUCGUGGGGUGUGACCUGGGCUGCUGUCUGAUCCCUUGCGUGAUUGACGACCUGAAGGAUGUGACGCACACCUGCCCCAACUGCAAGGGCUACAUCUACACAUACAAGCGCAUGUGCUAACACAGUCACGUCUGGUGUCAUAGCUCCCCCUUGUGGAAUGUCUGUGGGAGUAACAAUAUUUCUUUAUCUUUAAUGUUUUAUUUAGCAACCUUCACCUAGCAGUGCUUUCUCUAGUCGUACUGUAGUGUAUAUUAAAGUCAGUAGCUGUGAAUGCCUCACUGGGAACUCAGAAAGCUCAGCAAAAGGGUAUGAAAAAAAUAGAGUGUUUUAUAUUUGAUAAGAUAAGGGAAUAAUAGGCACUAUACUCUUACCUCUCAACCUGCCAACCUUGUCAUCAGGGAUUAUGAACUUUACAAAACUACCAAAUGAAAACAAAAGCAAAACAUAGGGUUUUCUUCAAUUAAGAGUGGAACUGUAAAUCUUUUCAGUAUAGACCAUCACUGAAUUCUCUUGCACUCAUUAUAAUGGACAGGCUAUUGAGGUUCCAACUGCAUUUCUGCUCCGUCUCAACUCGGUCCCCACUGAAGUCUUUGUUGCUGUAGCACCAUCUUGUCUUAUCAGAGUUCACACUCAAGAGGUCAUACCUGAUCUUGCUGCUCAGCUGCACAGGGAUUUUCUGUUCUAUUUCUAAAAAGGGACGUCCCUUUAAUGAAGAGGCAGUUUAAGAGGUAGGGUGUUACAAGAAGUGUUUUAAUCCAGAGGGAAUUUUCAUCUGCAUCGUGUUUUAAUUUCUCCAGUAAUAAUGCCAUAGGCUCAUUAGCAUACCUUUCUAUGUUCUAAUUUUAAUCAUGGUACAUUUAUUUUAUUUUAUUUGAAGUAUCAACUUUGCACAUAAUAUAUGGCUUUUUGUUCUGUUGACUGUGGCAGAGUCUCAGCAUCAUUUCACACGCAGUACUGGGUUUGUAUGGGACAACACUGCUGACGACAUCCAUUUAUAUCAAGGCGGAGGGACAAGGCUAGGGCUGCAACAGCUAGAUGACUGGCCAGGGGGAGUCAGCUCUCAAAGUGUUACACCUUGGUGUACACCACCCAUAAAGAGGGCCCAGUAUUCUCACCAGCAUUUAAAGCCACUACCGGAAAACAGCUGAACUCAAUACACCAAUGAAACCAAGUCUACUUCAUAUAUAAUUGUUUUUAUCAAUUAGUUAGUAAACAAAUAUAACACUUAUAACAUUAAAAAAAAAAAAAAAACACACACUAGUCUUAUCAACUAGUCUACCAAUGAGACGAAUGCAUUGAUGAUCAAAAUCUACUAGUUGUUGCAGUCUUAUACAAAGUCUAUAGAUGUUAUUAGAUGUUGUUGCAGUGUUUGCUUUUUCAGCCGCUUUGAAAAAGUUUAAUAUACUAGUUCAAAUGUGACAAGAGUUUUAAAAUCUAUUUUUUACACGUGAUCCUGUGAUUUAGUUCUAGUCGUGUCUUACUUAUUUUGUUUAUCUUUAUUUAAAAAAAACUCGGGUCCAAACAGUUCAAGGGUUUGUUCAAACCAGUGCCUCAAUAUUCGUUUCCAAUGUUUUUAUAUUGAAAUUGGCAUUCCAGUGCAUGUCAAAGGCAAGCAGUCCUGCCUGGACAAAACAAAUCUGAAUGAUUAGAACAGUAUUACAGAGCUAGACAUUCAUUUUCAGAAGCUCAUUCCUAAAUGGAUUUAUUACAAGUAGUUACAAACAGAACUAAAACCUGUUUAACCAAUAUUUUGUUUUUCUAAAUCCUAAAAUAACAAAGGCCUGGUUGAAACAAAACCAUAAUGUGAGACCUGUACUACUGGGGAUGAUUCUAGCUUGUGAAACACAUUAUGUUAUUACAAUAUCUCUGUAUUAGUGUAAACAGGGAACAGGUGAUGAAGAAAAAAGACUAGUGUUUUUGUUGUUGUUACUUAUUAAAACACAUGGUGGUUAUAAACAAACAAACAAAAAAAAAAAAACGGUAUCACUAAUUGGCCAUGCUUAGGUUGUACUUGAAACUAGAAUUAAGCUUAUUGGUCUUUAUCAUUAUAAGACCAGAAUCCAAAAGGGUAAUUCUACAGCAUCAGUAAACAAUAAAAAGGGAAGUAAUACACACAAACUUUUAUACACAUGGUCACAUACUGCAAAACACAUCUACAGUUCAGUAGUUGAAGGAUUGCAUACAAGUGACACUAGGCAUAUCAUCUAAGCAUGCAAUAAAGACGAUGCAAACUUUACUGUGUUCAGUACUCUCUAUUGAGCUGUGUAUUCUCUUCAUUGUAUGUUUUCCAGCAAAUAAGCCACAAGAAUAUAUUAAGUUGUUUCCCAACAAAAGAAAAACAGUAAGGCAGUGCGUGCAUACAUUGACAUAAAUAAUGUAAUGUGUCCCUAUUGGAUAUUAUAGCAAAAUUAUAAUGUGUUGGAAAGCAGUCUUCGUAUGCACUUACAUUAAUUAUAAAUGUAUAUACACAGACACAUUUACCCAAAACAGUGGAUGCUGCAUUGAAGAUCAUGCGGCUCAUUUUCAAGCACACUCCGCCCUCAGGCUACUCAAUUCACCUUCAAGUUGAUCAUAUCGGUUCAGUUGAGCAGAAUUGCGCUGUUUUAUAGCCCUGUCAUGCAACACGUGCCCAGGUAAUUUUUCUCUUGUGGGAAUUGCUUUCCCAGGAUGUUCCAGACUGUUUUCCUUCUUUAGGAAUUGCCUUUAAAGAGUAAUCCGGUUACUCUCGCAUCCAAAACGAAAAGCAACACAAAUUCCAUCCAGCACAAAUGUUAGGGUUUUGUUUGAAGGUUGUAGUUUUUGUUGAGAUGCCAGUGCUGUUGGAUAACCAGCAUGACCUUGAGUUUUAAAAACCAUGGGCCAGAUGAAAAUCCAGAUCUGCUCUCCAGUGAUAGCGGCUUGUAAUUUGCCAGUGCAUGUUCAUGCAUUUUAUGAAUAUUUGAAAAUCCAAGCUGGCCUCCUUUACCUUUCUAGGCUCUAUACUUCUCUAUAUGCAACAUUAAGUGGCUUGCAGUGUUGUGUAUACUGGGUUGAAUGAUUAAAAAUAAAAGUGUUCACCUUUAAUCUAAGUGAUGGUAUGUCAUGUAUGUUCUAAUGUUGCUAUGUAAAAUGAUACUCUUGUGUAAACUGAAUGAUGUGAGUUGGACCACUACUGUUGCAUAUGAUACAAAAUUUAAACAAUAAUAAAAUAACUACUUAA